AUGAGUGCGUGGCCGAACACCGAAGACGACGAGAUCGAGCGAACGAUAGAGGAAGCAGAGCACCCUGAAUUCGUGGAAGAACGUCAGAAUGAGAAGGCCCAUCACGAUGCGCCGAACGCCUUAGUACGAAGCAUCACCGGAAAAUCAGCAGCCUCAUCGUGGAAGGAUCCAGGGCCGCCUCCUGAUGGAGGACUACAGGCAUGGACACAAGUGUUCUGCUGCCAUCUCACCAUAUUCAACACCUUUGGCUUCUUUACCUCAUUCGGCGUGUACCAAACCUAUUACCAAACAUCACUCGGGAUCGAGUCUUCAACUAUAUCCUGGAUCGGAUCCGUGCAAGCCUUCCUCCUCUUCGGCAUUGGAACCUUCACCGGCCGAGCCACGGACGCUGGGCUCUUCAGAUAUGUAUACAUCGCAGGUGCCUUUUUCCAAAUACUUGGCAUCUUUACCAUGGCGGAAUCGACCAAGUUCUACCAGCUGUUCCUGUCGCAAGCUGUCUGCAUAGGCAUCGCGAAUGGUCUGCAGUUCUGUCCGUCCAUGGCACUUGUCACCACUUACUUCGCCAAGAAGAGGGCCUUUGCGGUAGGGAUCACCGCGCUCGGGUCUUGCACUGGCGGAGUGGUGUUUCCCAUCGUCGUCCAGCAACUACUGCCCAAAGUGGGCUUCCCAUGGACGAUCCGCGUGAUUGGAUUCAUCAUGCUCGCCCUCCACGCUGUUACGAUCGCCCUUUACCGCACGCGCCUACCACCACGAAAGUCUGGCGCUCUGGUCGAUUGGGCGUCGUUCAAAGAAGCACCAUACGCACUAUACUGCAUCGCCAUGUUCUUUAACUUCUGGGGAUUGUACUUUGCCUUCUUCUACAUAGGCUCAUAUGGCCGGAACGUCCUGGGUGUGAGCUAUCAGCAGUCUGUCAACUUGCUCCUCACCAUCGUCUGCAUGGGCUUCAUCUUCCGACUGUUGCCGAAUUACUUCGCGGACAGACUUGGCACACUCAACACACUCAUCCCCUUUGCAUUCCUAUCAGGAAUCAUGAUGUUUGCCUGGAUUGGCAUCCACUCGGUGGGCGGCUUGUUCGCGUUUGCCGCCAUCUACGGGUCCGGCAGUGCGGUGAUGCAGGCGCUGUGGCCAGCUAUGUUUGGGAAUCUGAGCAAGGUUCCAGACCUGAAGAAGGCCGGAGUGAGAAUGGGAAUGGCCUUCACGGUCGUUAGUGUUGCUUGCUUGACGGGCCCGCCGUUGGCAGGAGCUCUCAUUCAACAGAACGGAGGAAAUUACUUGCAUGCUCAGCUCUGGGCUGGGAUAUCGUUCUUCAUUGGAGGCACACUGUUAAUAGCGACUCGUUUUGCGAAAGUGGGAUGGGAUUGGAAAGCGAGGAUAUAG